AUGUCUUCCCAGGAGACGCAGCUCCCCACCAUCCUCUUCACCCCCGGCGCAUGGCACCGGCCGUGGGUGUUCGACCUGGUGCGCGAGGACCUGGCCGGCCGGGGCUACCCCACCGCCGCCGCAGCGCUGGCCAGCGUCGGCAGCACGGACGCGGACGUCGGCCUCGACCGGGAUGUGGAAGCCGUCCGCGCCGUCCUGCGGGGGCUCGUCGACGCCGGGCGCGACGUCGUCGUCGUGGCGCACUCGUACGGCGGCAUCCCCGUCGCCAACGCCGUCCGCGGCCUCAAUUACAAGGACCGCGCCGCCGAAGGACAGAGCGGCGGUGUGAUUAUGGUUGUGUACAUGGCCUCCUUCGCCAUCCCUGCCGGAGAUAGUCUUUUUUCUGACGGCAAGGAGAUGCCGUCGUGGUUAAGUCUCACGGUAGGAGGAAGCCCCAACCCCCAACCCCCGGCGAAGGGAGGGAAUUGCGUUCAGAAAUCUGUAGGUGGUUUGGCUGACUCGUACAACCCCCUUUCAACGCAACAGGACGGCUUCGUCUUGCCUCGCGACCCGAUCCCGAUAUUCUACGCUGACGUCGAGCCCUCCCUCGCCGCCAAGGCCGUCGCCGCUCUGCUCCCCCAGCCUCUCAAGACAGUCCAGGACACAUCGGGCUUCGAGCCCUGGAACGAAGGCUUCGAGAUGGGUUACGUCUUCGCCGAGGACGACCAGGCGAUCAGCCUCGACAGGCAGAUCGACAUGUCGUCCCAGUUCCCCGCCAGCUCCUUCACCGCGACUCUGACGGCGAGCCACUCGCCCUUCCUCAGCAUGCCCGAGGCUCUUGGUAAGGUUCUUCAACAGGCUGCGGAGGUGGCGGUUGCAAGGAGGGCAACUUGAGGCGAGAGGUGCGGAAUUGGCAGUUGAUUGAGUCUUUGGUCAUUUCCGCUACCAACUGUCUCCGUCCGUUGUUGUGUGGGCUGCUCAUCUUGCACAUUGAGUCUUGUAAGGGUUGGUUAUUGGAAGCAGUGAAAGUUUGGUCUAUCGUUUAUACGCAGGAACAAAGAGCACUGGUUGCUAAGUGCCAUUCGAACGGUAGACCACCAGUCUUCUACUUAUCAAU